CAAUCAGCAGGCAUCCCACCCCUCACCUCACACCAUCUCCAUGGCAACGGCCUGAGCCGCUUCUUAUUGGCGGUCUCCACGGCGUGUGGCGUGAGUCCCACAUCAAAGCCCCAGGAAUUUUUGCUCCGGCGGCUCAGAGGAAGGAAGAAGGAGACACGGAGAGCAGAGAGGCGAGGAAGGGAUGCGAUCGGAAGCAGCGACAUGACAGCCAACGCUGGCUGAUGCUCCCACGAGUGCAGCUGAGCAUGAAGCCAAGCUCCAGCCGAGCAAAGCCUCCUUAGCAAGCGGAAAGAGCCGCCAACGAAAUUGCAAUUGCAAGACAUCGGAGGUGUGCAGUAGCGCUAUCGAAGGAGGUGAUAACGCCGUCGCCGAGAGCCAAAUCUUGCUGGCUUUUUGGGAGGAAAGCAGAGGUCCUGUUUGCUUGCCGUCUCCUCCUUUUGCCAACACGAAGGAUGCUCUGGAGGAUGCCGAAAGAGCUUUCGAAACCCAGAGGUGCGUAACAGCGCUAUCGAAGGAGGCAAUUGCGCCAUUGCCGAGGGCAAAAUCUGGACUAGUUUUGGGGACGAACGGAGGAUUUCAAUUUGCUUGCCAUUCACUCCUUUUCCAAGCAAGAAGGAUGCUCUGAAGGAUGCCGAAAGAGCUUUCCAAACCCAGAGGUGCGUAACAGCGCUAUUGAAGGAGGCAAUUGCGCCAUUGCCGAGGGCAACGUUUGGUGGCUUAGGGUAGGAACAGAGGAUUUCAAUUUGCUUGCCAUCCACUCCUUUUCCAAGCAUUGGAAGGAUGCUCUGAGUCUGCAAGAGCAACCCAUGGCAUUAGAAAAUUCAGAAGAUCAAGACAUUCCCGGAGGAGCGCAAUAGCGCAAUUGAAGGUGGCAAUAGUGCCAUUGGUGAGGGCAAAAUUUGGCCUCUUCAGUAGCUUUUGGAGUGAAAUAGGAGAGGAAAAGGAGGUAUCAGUAUUUCCUUGUCACCUUCUCCUUCUUUGGGUCAAGACAUCAGCAGAACAUGAGUAAUAGCGUUAUUGCGCCCUAGUGAAGGGAGCGAUAACGUGUUUGCCAAGGCCAAAAAUUGACCUUUUUGGUGACUUUUGGGGAUCAAACAGAAGAGGAAAAGGAAGUGUCCAUAUUUACUUGCCACUUCUUCCUCUUUUGAGUCAAGAUGUUGUCAUCGGAGGAGGAUGAUACUGCUAUUGCGCGGCAGUGAAGGAAGCAGUAACGUAUUCAUCAAGGGCAGCUGAUUGUUUGGUGACUUUUGGAGUCAAGCAGAAGAGGAAAAUAAAUUGUCCAUAUUCGCUUGCCUCUUUUUUCCUCCUUCGGGUCAAGAUGUUGUCAUUGGAGGUGCGUGAUACUGCUAUUGCACUGCUGUGAACAAAAUAACAUAUUCGUCAAGGGCAACUGAUUGUUUGAUUACUUUUGGGGUCAAGCAGAAACGGAAAAGGAAGUGUUCUUAUAUGCUUGCCACCUUCCCCUCUUUCAGGUCAAGUUGUCAUUGGUGCAGAUGCGUAAUAGCGCUAUAUUGCGGGGCGAGGGAUGCAAUAAUGCUAUCGCCGAAGGCAAAUACAUAGCAGUUUGUGAGAGGGACAAAAAGAGCUUCUGUUUGCUUGACUUCUUUUCCUUCUUCUUAGGGUCAAGACAUUAGCAGAGGUGCAUAAUAGCGCUAUUGCGUAACAGAGAAGGAAGCAAUAGCGCCAUCGCCAAGGGCCAAAUCUGGUGUAUUUCCUGAUUUUUGGGGUGAAGCAGAAGACAAAAAGGUGUGUUCAGAUUGGCCUGCUAUUUCUUCUUCCUCUUGCCAAGCAUUGGAAGACCGAAAGAACAACCCACAGUCUUGCAAAACCCAGAGGGUUAAGACAUUGUUGACGGAGGUGCGUAAUAGUGCUAUUUUGAGGUGGCGAAGGACGCAAUAACACCGUCUCCCAAGGCAAAACCAGGUUGUUUGGUGGCUUUUUGGAGUGAAAUAUAGAAGGAAAGAAGGGGUGUUCCUAUCGGCUUGCCACCUCCUCUUCCAUUGGAAGGUUUUUCCGAGUCCUCCAAUGAGAGUGAUGUGUCCCAUCUUCUCCCCGUUGAGGCCUCCUCGGUGAUGCCAGCCGAGUCCUGUGCCAGCCAGAGACCUCUUGGCUUUGGUGAUUGCAUCUCUGGUGGGACUCCCUGAUACUCAAGAUGAAGGACCAAGAGUCAGACGGGUCAGAGCCCCCCGGUGAGGCCACGGCAGGGUCGGCGGAGACGGGGAGCAGCUCUUCCGAACAUCGCGAAGCCCACCGUGAAGACGAGGUGCCAUCCCGAGGCAGUUCACCAUGUUCCUCAGAGCUGGCACAGGAAAGCAGUGGCGGGCAAUGCCCAUCGGAGCCAUCAUUGACCCAGCCCGGAGUGAGCUACCGCUGUCUCCUGCGACAGAACCAGGUCCUUCUCACGGCUUUGGAGGAACUCCAGUCCCGAUGCGCCAACCUGAAACGGGAGAACAGCUUACUGCGCAAGAGCUGCUUCCCGGAGACGCAGGAGAAAGUACGGCACCUGAAGAGGAAGAACGCGGAGCUGGCAGUGAUAGCAAAGCGGCUGGAAGAGCGAGCCAGGAAGCUCCAGGAGGCCAACCUCAAAGUGGUGAGCACACCGAUGGCUGUGAAGGGCCCCUGUGCCGGCCUCUGCAAGAAAGCCUUGGCCCGGCAGCGGGUGAUGGACCUCCGGGAACAAGCAGGGGUCCUCCUGGCCAAGGACAAGCAGAUCAACGCCCUGCAGAGGGAAUGCCAGGAACUCCGGGCCAAAGUCCCUGCUGACAAGGAAGAACCUUCUCGGCUCCUGGACUUCCACCAGCUCCUCCGCGAAUCCCAAAAGGAGGUCUUGCGCCUCCAAAGGCAGAUUGCCUUGAAGAGUUUCAAAGGUCAGGCGGGCCCAAAAGCUGACAAACCCAUCUCGGUGGGCCCCACCAAGGUUUGGGGUCCGCAGCGGAGGGCGAGAGUCGAACCCUGCUCCAAUGGCUUGCCUCCUUCGCGGACAACCAGACGGUCCCUUCCGACCCACAAGCCUGUUUCUUUGCCCAACGAUGGAGAGGAAUCCCGACUCCCCAUAAAAAGAGGGGUUUUGGCGUCACCAGCCCCCGAAAUCAAACAGCAAAUCCAGCGACUGGAAUCAGAGCUGAGGAAGAAGCGGAAGCAAUGCGAGACCCUCGAGCAUGAAGUGAGGAAGAAGCACAAGAGAUACGCCGAACUCGAAACCCAGCUUCAAGAGGUUGCGAGUGAGAAUGUCCGUCUGUCAGAAGAGAAUGCUCAGCUCCAGGGGCAAGUUGAAUGGAUAGAGAAGGUUGAGUCCGAAAAUGCCGACCUGAGGCUCCGGGUGUCAGAAGUGACCGAGGAACGGGAUUCGGCUCUCCAGAAAACCCAAGAACUUGAACACAGGCUGGAGAGUCUUGGGCAAGCGCUCCAGCACAUGAGAGAUGUCGCAGAACGGAGGCAACAGCUGGAACAUGACCACGAGAAAGCCUUGCUGGCUUUGCAGAAGAAGAAAGAAGAGGUCAAGGAGCUUCAGCAGGCUCAAGUCGAGGCCCGGAAGGAGCACGAGGGAGCCGUACAACUACUCGAGGGCUCCUUGGAUUGUAUGCAGGCCCGGGUUCAAGAGCUCGAGAACCAAUGCCGGAACCACACCGAGCAGUUCAACUUCCUGUGCCAGGAGCUCAAGCGAUUCCGGUUCCAGACGGGGAAAAUUGGGCACCCGCCACACGCUUCCUCUCCCUCGACCACCAUGGUGAUGUCGGAGGUCACCUUGGCCUCUUGCUCUCCAUCUCCUUCCCCAACACAACACCCAGAUAAUGCCGUCAAGGAGAAAGAUCGAGUGCUUCUCUCUGGCUCUUCUUCCCGAUUCGGGCAGAAAAUACAAUCCGAGGACGUGGAAGAAGCUCCUCCACCUGGACUAUGGCUCCCCGAACAUCCCAUUGGUUGCGUUGUGGCUAGGAGUCCAGACAUGCUCAUCCUUCCCGUCACCAACCGCAAGCCCUCCAAGAAAGUGGAAUCCCAAUCCAGUUCAUCGCGGUCCGAAUCCAUUCCCACCACCAGUCCAAAAUCCUGCCCGACUCCAGAGGUGGACACAGCCAGCGAGAUGGAAGAGCUGGAUAUCGACAGUGUCUCUCUAAUUCCGGAUUCUGAGAGCCACCGGGUAGGGAAGCUCCAUGUCUUCCUCGCUCGAUACAGCUACAACCCUUUUGAUGGUCCCAAUGAAAACCCUGAAGCAGAACUCCCCUUGACAGCUGGAGAGUACAUUUACGUCUACGGAGAAAUGGACGAUGACGGCUUCUUUGAAGGGGAGCUGAUGGAUGGUCGCCGAGGCCUGGUCCCAUCCAACUUUGUGGAGCGGGUGUCCGACGAUGACUUGGUGACUUUCUUGCCUGGUGAGUUCAGCGAUCUCUCUCAAAGCUCACCUUUAGACCGGAGCUUCUUGAGCAGCGGUGAGCGGAGUGAUCCCUCGACAGAUGAUCCCAAUACUGUCCCGUUGAGGUUGGAAGGGGACCCCAAGGAUAGAGAGACCCCAAACCCAGAAGUGCCUUACCCCAGGAAGGUGACCCUCAUCCGAGAGUUCGGCUCCGGCUUGGUGGUGGGUUGGGACCCUCCUUUCCCAUCUGCUGGGUGCCCUGAAGUCCAGAGCUACCAGGUCUUUGUGGACACUGAACUCCGGCAAAAUGUGAAGGCAGGAGGUCAGACGAAGGCCGUUUUGGAGAAGCUGGACUUGAGGACCAAAGCCUACCGCAUCUCAGUCCAAAGUGUUUCUGAGAAAGGGACCUCUGACUGCUUUCGGUGCACCUUCUUGGUUGGGAAGAACUUUCCAUUGGCUCCCAUUGACCUCUUGGUGCGGAACGUGGAGGCCACCUCUGUCGAACUCUCCUGGGCCCCCAGCAAUAGUAACUUCUCCCACGUUGUAUACCUCAAUGGGGAGGAACAUGGCGUGACCAAACCAGGGGUCUAUUGGUACACCUUCCGUUCUUUGAAGCCAAACACAUCCUACGCAGCUACAGUGGAGGUCCAGCCCCAGUGGACCUUCUGGGAGUCUGGACAGGAGAGACAGGACCAAGAGUUGUUUUCCGCUGAAAUCCACUUCACAACUGCUUUGGCAGGUUCUCCGGAUGCUCCGCUCGACGUCCGAGUCGAACCCGGACCCAGUCCUGGCAUUCUGGUCAUCAGUUGGUUGCCAGUCACUAUCGAUGCCGAAGGGUCAUCCAACGGGGUCCGGGUCACCGGGUACGCCCUUUAUGCCGACGGACAGAAGGUGAUGGAAGUGACUUCCCCAACCGCUGGCAGUGUUUUGGCAGACAUUUCCCAGCUGCAGAUGCUCCAAAUGUGCCGAGAAGUCUCCGUGAGAACCGUGUCCCUCUACGGGGAGUCAUCGGAUUCGGUGCCGGCUCAGAUCCCCUCGGCUUUGCUGAAGGAUCCCAGCGGUCCCUCUCUGCUUCCGGAACCGAGUUGCUUCUCUUCGCAGAUUUCUUGUGGGCGAGAUCCCAUCAGUCCAGUGGCCGAAUCGAAGCCUAACGAGAGCGAGAAACUUGGCGUCUCUUCCUUUGGAGAGACAUCCCAAAACGAGCCGACCGCUCUGAUUGUGACCCACAAAUUGCAUUCGGAAACCCCAGGAAUGGACCCUCUGCCCGAAGCAGGAAGGGAUGGCCUUGUUGUGUCUCCAGGUUGCAAUAUGACCCGAAAGGAAUCUGAAGAAGGUCACCAGGAGGAAUCAGCCCACCAAGCGAGGGAUUUGGAGAUCUCUGGAGGCAGUGGGGCCCCUGAUGUUUCGAUGGGAGAAAAGCCAAAAGACUCGGCAGAAAGGAAGGAGGCGAGCUCUGGAAGUGGGACUCCAAGUGACCGCCGGGCCCCCGAACCUGGGAUUUCGGGGCGGGCAAAGCUCUCAAAGGAUGCCAUCCCCAAGGACGAGCCCACAGUGUUGGUCACCAAGACCCGGCGGGAGCAAGGAGAGAAAAGGUCCGAUCCAGGGAACCGGCAGCUGAACCUGCUGACGGAUCAUCCCCGCAGCUCCGACCUUUCCGACAUUAUGGAGGAGGAAGAGGAAGAGGAGGAGGAAGACCGUGCUGGGUCUCAUAGGCCCAAAUGGAAACCGAGCGAAUCCCACAAUCGAGAAAACGGAGAGAAGGAGGUCAGGGACGUCGAAACGGAGCAGUUGAAUUCCAAAUCUUGGCGGGCUCCAACCAGAAGAGGUAGAAGAUCUCGGAGGAAAAGCCGAGAAGAAUUGGCUCCUUCUGGUUCUUGGAGGAGCUCCUCUCCUGAAACGAUGGACGAGGAAGACUCCCUGAGGCUAUUCGUGGCUCUCUUUGACUACGACCCUGUCUCAAUGUCUCCGAAUUCUGAUGCUGCAGAAGAGGAGCUCCCAUUUCAGGAAGGCCAGAUCUUGAAGGUCUAUGGCCACAAGGAUGCAGAUGGCUUCUACAGAGGGGAGUGUGCAGGCCGAAUUGGGUAUAUCCCAUGCAACAUGGUUUCUGAGGUCCAAGUCGACAGCCAGAGUGCCAGGACGCAGCUCUUACAAGAUGGCCGUAUCUCCACUGACAUGCUGGUGGAACACCUAGACAAUGGUGCAUUUUCUCCACCACGACGGCCACCAAGGGCUCACCCUCCAAAGCCACGGAGAUCUAAGAAAGCAGAACGGAAGAAGCAAGGAACCGAAGGUCCUGGUCUUGGGGUCCAUGAAAUCCAGGAUCUGAGUUCGGAGGAGGACGUCCCAAGGAUGAUGGUAGCCAUCUUUGACUACAAUCCCCAGGAAAAUUCUCCCAACCCGGAUACCGAGGCCGAGCUGAGGUUCAGCGCGGGCGACGUUGUGACCGUCUUGAGCUCGAUGGAUGACGACGGCUUCUAUUACGCCGAGAUCAAUGGCCAGAAGGGCCUGGUGCCCUCCAACUUCCUGGAGGCCGUGGGGUCGGACGGAGUGUGCCCGGGUGGAGUGACCCUUGGACGGCAGGGAAAGCAGCUUUCCUGAGAGGUCCUCCAUUCCGGCAGCUGGAAAGUGUGGUGCCUCGAAGGAGUGGUGACCUCGAAGGAGCCCCUUGCGGCUCUUUGGAGGUGGACACACCGCUCCGAACCCCAAGAGUGGACCCCGAAGGUGAUGGGACGGGACCCCUCUCCUCUCCAAAGGGUCCCAGAACUGGAAGGAGCCCCCCAAGGCCCAUUGGAAGCCAUUGCAAGGAAGUCCAUGUCGCCAAUGCGGGCCUUCGUCUUCUGGCCCCCCUUGAGGCUGGGGAUGGGAGAAUGGCUCCCCGCCUUGGGAUCCCUUCCGAACUAAAGACAGAACUUAUCCUAAACUUGGAAAAUAUAGUUUCCACCCAAUGAGAAACUGUGCCAAACGCAUGGGGCGGCCCCAAUGGUUCCCACACCGAUCCCUUCUGCAUGAUGCGUUUUGGGUGUUAGUCUGAACUUUGAAGGAGUGGCACCCAUUCAGACCUUAAAUUCGGACUAAAGCCUGGCGUGGCUUCAGCGAUUGACACACAAGCCACACUGGGACACAUAAGAGUAAUUCAAACUUUCUUAAAUUUUGGACUACAACCCGAAGUGAAUCCAAUAACUGACCUAGAUGCCUUGCUAGGCAGCAUAUAAAGGGGAUUUUAGCUUUUAAAAAGUUCGGACUAAAACCCAGAACAGAUUCCAUGGAAACUAAUAUUUAAAGUUCGGACUAAAACCCAGGAUGGAUACCAUGGAAACUAAUAUUUAAAGUUCAGACUGAAACCCAGAACAGAUUCUAUGGAAACUAAUAUUUAAAGUUCGGACUAAAACCCAGGAUAGAUACCAUGGAAACUAAUAUUCAAAGUUCGGACUAAAACCCAGAUUUGAUUCCAUGGACACCAAUAUUUAAAGUUUGGACUAAAAUCCAGAGCAGAUCGCAUGGAAACCAAUAUUCAAAGUUCAGAUUAAAAGCCAGAAUGGAUUCCAUGGAAAUUAAUACUUAGUGUUUGGACCAAAACCCAAAAUGAAUUCCAUGGAAACCACUAUUUAAAGUUCAGACUAAAACCCAGAACAGAUUCCAUGGAAACUAUUAUUUAAAGUUCAAACUAAAAGCCAGAAUGGAUUAAAUGAAAACUAAUAUUUAAAAUUUGGACUAAAAUCCAGAACGGAUUCCAUGGAAACCAAUAUUUAAAGUUCGGACUAAAACCGAGAACAGAUUCAAUGGAAACCAAUAUUCAAAGUUCAGACUAAAAUCUGGAGUGGAUUCGGUGAUGCUCUGUACCCAGAAGCCAUGUAGGGUCGCAUCAUAGCCUCGUUAAAGUUCGGACUAAAAUCCUAGAGUGGAUUCACUGAACAGGGCCUCAUCGAGGAGGUCUUCGCUCCGUUCAAGUUCGGACUGAAACCCGGAGCGGAAUCAGCGUCCCACUGAACAUGGAAAGCCACUCUGGACCUUGGAGUAGUUAAAAGUUCGGACUAAAAGCCCAGAACGGAUUCAGUAGAAACCACGCUGGGUCCUCAGAGAGGGAAUCGCAGUCUCGUUCCAGUUCGGACUCAAACCCGGAGCGGAUCCGGGCCUCCAGCCUGCCUUAUGUGAGAUUCCAAGCUGCCAAGCACUUAAAAUAUGGGGACAAAAAUGUGUUUGCCAUUUCCUUUUUUCUACGAGAGGACUACGUCUCCCGGCGGAUCCCUUUGCAUGUUUGUCGGGGACAGAGAUAUCCAUUCCCAUUGCUCCCAGGGCAUUUGUAUGGAAGCCAAACCAGGAAAAAAAACCCCAAUUUAUUUAUUACAUUAAAGUCUAUUUUCGCAA